UGCUUAUUUGGUGUUAUGAUUUUGGCGAUAAUUAAUAAAUUCCCUGUAUGCUUUUAAUUAGUUGACAGUAGUUUUGAUUGUUUUAGAAUUAUCCAGCUGAAAUAUUUUUAAUGGCAAUGUAUAUUUUGUUCGCACUAGUGCUUAUAUAUUUAAACAAUUAGAAAACAUUUCCAACACACUUUUUCCACUUACACUGAAUUGCUUUCGCUGUAAAACUUUAGCACUUAUCAUAAAAUUUUUUUGCUGUGGUUGUGGAAUUUUUCACAUAAAUUGUUUUUUACUUUUUCACUUUUGCAUUCGCGUUACCGUCUCGUUUUUCUCGUUUAUUCGCUCUACUCUUCACGUCUUCAUUGCUGCACACCUUACAACCACGGAUAAUUACAAGUGGAAAAAUAAGGUAAAAGAAAUUGACAAAUACUAGGCAAAAGACGGCCCACAGAAAUUCUUGGUGCACCUUCUAAUUGGAAUUUAACAUAUAUAAUUUUAGAUUUCAUACUUUGCUAUGAAAUUGUCGAUAUUUACAAUUUAUAGUUUAAGCAACACAACACGUUAAAUCACUAUUUUAUUAUAUUUUCGUGGCGUUAUUGCGUCCGUAAACUCACAAAAUAAAUAUUUUAGUACCGUUUUUGGGGAAAAUACUUACACGCCUCCAGUAUUACCAACCAUACAAUAUAACCCACCACCUAUCCAUUGGAUCAUUGGAUCAAAUUUGGUACAAUGAAAGACUAUAAAGUGGAUGGUGAAGAAGGUUUGUGUAUGAGAUGAAUAUAACUUCCACAAACUAUACUAUCAAAAAUGUUUGAAAAUUUUGCCUCAUAAAAAAUUUAUAUAUUUUUGAUAUUCAGUUUUAUUUAAGAAAUUAAAUAAAACAUUAAAUUCGAAAUCUUACAGCGAAUUCAACCAAUUAAUAGCAAAUUUCAUUGUAAUAUUUAGAGUUAGGUAUAUUUUGUAAGAAAACAUCAGAAUAAAUUAUAAACAAAUGCCGAUAUUAAUGUAAAAGAGGAAACUGCAAACAUUACUAAGGUUCAAUAACUUAGAUGUAUUAAAAUAAUUUAAUUAAAUCAGUUAAAGCGAGCUAUGAAAAAGAUAUUAUAAUAUUGGCAAUUUGUAAACAACUACUUCCCAUUAGAUGCUGCAGUGUACAAAGUUGUCAAAACACCAGAUGAUGACAGCUGUGCACGUUUCGGUCAUGGUAAAUACCUGUGCAAUGUUUUUGGCAGCCAUUGUUCGUGUUACUAUAUUUUUGCCGAUAUUUAAGUUAAUUUUUGGAAGUAAUUGAUAAUUGAUUUAAUAAUUUGUGUUAGAAAUGCGUAAUCUGAAGUUAAAAUCGUGCAAACAAUUGGGUGUCAAAGUGCACAAUGUUAAACAAAUUUUAUUAAAUCCAAAUAUAAGCCCCAAGGAAACUGACGAAAGCGUCCAUGUAGUUUCCGACGAUAAGCUUUAUGAGAUAAAAACAGUCACAGGCAGGAUAAAAGAGAUCGCCGCGGUUCCAGGAAUUGUAGCGGCGGAGUACUUAGCUCUAAAUGAUGAGAUAUGUCUGGCCACAGAAGGAGGUGAAGUGCUAGCUGUAUCAUCAAGCUCAGGCGCCAUUAACGAAUGCACAUUUUGUGAUAUUGGAUUGAAAAAUAUGUCAUGGAGUCCAGAUCAAGAAGUUGCCGUUUUUAUAACAAAGGCAGACACACUUGUUGUUAUGACCUGCACUUACGACGUCAUAAAUGAACAUAUGUUUAAAGAAAAUUGCGAUCCUGAAAGUCAGUUUGUUAACGUUGGUUGGGGUAAAAAAGAAACGCAGUUUCAUGGAAGCGAAGGUAAAGCGGCAGCUAAACAAAAAAGCGAUUUCAAACCACCGGAGAAUGUAGAGGAGCUACCGCAGAAUAUUGAAAUUACCUGGCGCGCUGAUAGUAGUUACUUUGCAGUGUCUUUUGUCAAUAAUGAAGUUGGACGUAUGUUUAAAAUUUUCAAAAAGGAGGGCGAAUUAGUAUACAUUUCCGAACGUUCACAAGGUUUGCAAUAUCCGGUUGCUUGGCGACCUUCAGGUAACUGGAUCGCUAUGCCACAGAUACUACCCAAUAAAAGUACUAUCUCGCUUUUCGAGAAAAACGGUUUGCGACAUCGUGAAAUUACACUGCCAUUCGAAAUUGAAGAAGAACCCAUACAGUCUUUACGUUGGAGUAACGAUUCAGAUAUCUUAGCUGUAGAAACAUUAGAUCCAUCCACCAAAAAGCAAUAUAUUUACCUCUAUACCAUCGGUAAUUAUCAUUGGUAUCUGAAGCAAGUACUUACUUUUGAGCAAACGGAUCGCAUUGCUUAUCACUGUUGGGAUCAGCGUAUAGGCGAGGAAAAGACUUUGCACAUAUUGCUAGAAAAUGGUCGUUGUCUUAUUUAUCGCUGGUAUUUUGAUUUCGAUCGCUUUGCACGAAGUGGCCUUGUUGUUGUAAUAGACGGUGCAAAAUUACUGUUCACCGACUUUUCCAAAGCGAUUCCACCACCGCCGAUGUGUAGCAAAGAAUUUCAAACAGACGCUUAUAUCAAUGCCAUUGCCAUGAUAAAAGCCAACGAUGGGAAUUUGCUAUUGUGCGUUUACGACGCAAAAGAGCGCAUUCAGCUGUUUAAUGUGAUCAUCGGCACUAAUUCCAUAUCCUUCACAAAGAUCUGCAUUUUUCAAAGGCAAGAGCCCGAACUAGAGAGACACUGGACACCACCGGUAGAGCUGGGUAAUUUCUUCUUGCUUGACGAAGAUCAUUUUGUAGCCACAGUAAACAUUGCUGAAAAGAGCAUAGUGUUUCUGUUUCGUUUAUUGUUUGAGACGAAAUCUUACAAGACGAUCAGCAGUUUAAAACUGAACAGCGGCGCUGUUUGCAGUUGCAUGGGUUUCGAAACUUUGCAACAAUUCUUCAUGCAAACACUUAAUGGCAAAGUGUACCAAAUAUCAAUAAACAAUGAGCCAACACUUAAGCUUGACAAGGUUUACCAACAAUUGGACCAUGGUGUAUUGACUAUGGAAUGGUGUAGGGCACAGUCGGCACAAGACUGUCUCAUUUCAUUGCUGUACAAUCAGCGUUUGUACAUUGAUAACGAAUUGUUGGCCGGCGAUGUGACCUCAUUCUGCUUGGCCGGCAAUUACUUGGCUUACACAAAGUUAACCGAGUUGAAUUUCGUUUUACUCUCUACACGCCAACAUGCCUAUAAGCGUAAUAUGGAGCGUGGCGGCAGACUAGUGACCACUAUAGCGAAUGAUGCUCGCGUCGUGCUACAAAUGCCACGCGGAAAUUUGGAAGUCAUUUGCCCGCGUGUGCUUGCCUUAGAGAUUAUCGGUCAAAUGCUCGAUCAGCGGCGCUAUCGUGAAGCGUUCAACAUGCUGCGCAAGCAACGCAUAAAUUUUAAUAUUAUUUGUGAUCACAAUAUGGUUAACUUUGUAAAAAAUUUGAACGUUUUCUUUAGGCAGAUAAGAAAUCCGCAAUUGCUAAAUCUUUUCCUAAACGAUCUGCAGAAUGAGGACUACUCCAAAACCAUGUAUGCCUGCAACUACACUGCAGCACAACAAACAUACCCAGAAGGCUUCGAAAUCACAUCUAAGGUGAAUUAUAUCUGCACGAUGUUGUACAAAUAUAUGUCAGAAGACGACCCGGAGCAUUUUCGUUUGCCCAUUAUUACGGGUUUUGUGAAAAUAGGUAAGGUGGAGGAAGCACUGCGGCUAGUCUGGGAAGCUAAGAAGCAACAAAAUUUACACGCUAAAUAUGUCGAUAAUUCUAUGUUGCGCUCAGCCGAAGAGGCGCUCAAACAUCUGCUCUACUUGGUUGAUGUAAACGAAUUAUAUAAUGUUGCGCUGGGCACAUACGAUUUCGAUUUGGUGCUUUAUGUAGCGGAAAAGUCUCAAAAAGACCCCAAAGAAUUUCUACCAUUCCUUAACGAACUAAAGCAGUUGGAAAUGAAUUAUCGUCAUUACAAAAUUGAUUUGCAUCUGAAGCGUUACGAUAAGGCAUUGGAGAAUAUCGCUAAAUGUGGACCUGAAAAAAUCGACGAAGCUUUGGAGUUUAUGAAUCAACAUCUUCUUUAUAAAAAGGGUUUGAAGUGCUAUGAAAAUUGUGAGCAUUUGACUGAGCUAGAAAAGGAAAGUCGACAUAAAUGUCAUAUGCGCAUCUGCUUGGCCUUUGCGGAUCACUUGCGCACUGAGAACGAUCUCGCUAGUGCGAGCAUUAUGUACGAGCGCGGCGGCAAUCUCGCACAAGCGCUACUCUGUUCCAAACACAUAUUGGAUUGGCAACGUGUGCUGAUGUUGGCGCAAAGGGAUACAAAGGAUGCACAGGAUGUAGGCACAGUGGUGCUCUCUAUGUUGCCAGCUUUACUUGAACAGGGGCACUAUCAGGUCGCACAUGAGCUACAAAAGACUUAUGGCAAAAACUUUAAGCAAGCAAUCAAGUGCCUCGUGAAGGGUCAUCUCUACUUCCAAGCGAUUGUGGAAGUGAGUGUAAACAGCGAAGAAGUUGCGUUAUUAGAGCAAUAUGUCAAGCCAAAGUUGCUCGCAUACGUCAAGCAACUACAAGAGCAGUUGUCGGAUGAUGAAACAGAUUUUAUUGCUCACAAGAAACGUUUGCAUGAUGUUCGCUUGUUUGCGCAACUCAAGCGCACUGGUUUCUUAAAUAACGAUGAAGUGGUUGAUAUUGACGAAGCCGACUUACUCUCCGACACUACUAGUAUGCGCUCAUCGCGCUAUACUGGAAGCUCUCAAGGCACCGGCAAAACAUUCUGUUCGGCCAAAAAUCGUCGUAAACACGAACGUAAGUUACUUAGCUUAAAGCCCGGCAAUCCAUUCGAAGAUAUCGCACUCAUUGAUGCGCUGCACAAUGAAGUCAUGAAGUUGGUCAAUCAGCAGGAACAAGUGCGUGACACAUGCAAAGCCUUAAUAAAAUUACAAAUGAACGAGCUGGCAUCGUCGUUACAAAAGCAAUAUGCACAAAUACUCACACUGCUGCAAGACUCCUUCGAUACGAUAUGGACUGAAGAAAUGGCCAAUGCACAUACUAUGCAGUACAAGCAAUCACCUUACACCGAUUACACACAAUUGCAAAAUGAACAACGCUACGCAUUGUUGGCUCCGCACAAACGUUUUAAGCCGCAAAUAAACAUUAUCGAUUGGAUGUGUGAAGUACUUGCUUAGACAUAUAAAUAUACGUUACUACUGUAUAAAUUUUAAUCAUAACAAUAACAAUAAUAAUAAUAAUAUAAACACACAUUUAAGCUGCAUGCACACUUUGUCUGGCCGGGCAGCGUGUAAUCGCCUGGCUAGUAUGAAUAAACGUAAAAUACUUUAGCAAUUAAUCAAAUCUGUAUUUACAAGCAAAAAUUGUAUGUAACAGCAAUCAAAAGCAUUGAAUUAUAAAAAAGGUAUGUAUACUCAUGCAUAUGUUUGUAGUAUUUGUCAGAUAUUUUGUACAUACCUUGUUAAUAAAAACCGAGAGUGAAAUUUUGUUUAGCUAAAUGCAAAAAUUUAUGCAAAACAAAUUUUCUUUUUCAUAGAAA